CUACACCAGAGCUCUACACCACACCUCUACACCACACCUGCGGGCCACACCUCUGCACCAGACCUCUACACCACACCUCUACACCGCACCUGUACGCCACACCUCUACACCACACCUCUACGCCACACCUCUACACCACACCUCUACACCACACCUCUACACCACACCUCUACACCACACCUCUACACCACACCUCUACACCACACCUCUACACCACACCUCUACACCACACCACCACACCUCUACACCACACCUCUACACCACACCUCUACACCACACCUCUACACCACACCUCUACACCACACCUCUACACCACACCACACCUCUACACCACACCUCUACACCACACCUCUACACCACACCUCUACACCACACCUCUACACCACACCUCUACACCACACCUCUACACCACACCUCUACACCACACCUCUACACCACACCUCUACACCACACCUCUACACCACACCUCUACACCACACCUCUACACCACUCCUCUACACCACUCCUCUACACCACUCCUCUACACCACUCCUCUACACCACUCCUCUACACCACUCCUCUACACCACUCCUCUAUGUUGGAUUCUGGGAAUCAGUAGAUGACAAUCUUAAGUUAUCCAGAUCUAACCCUAUGUCUGAAAGAUAUACUUUGCUGACAGGAACACAUUCAGGGUAA